AUGGUUAUACAUUGGUUAUAUAUGACAGCGAAAGCUGAGAAUUUUAUGUUCAUACAAUCCACAUACGCGCUGGUCACGUGCCUCAUUUCAAUUUGCUCGGCUAUACGUGUCGAUUUCAAUACGAACAAGGGUCCCAUUGUGCCGCCAACACCACGUACAACGGUACGUCCGCUGCCGCCGUUCCGUGAGCCCGCGCCCGUCUGGGAGGAUCAAAGCAAUGAUAUACCGAACCCGAAACCAUACACUUACAUUUUACCGCCACCGUCGCGACCACGUACAACCGGUAAUAAUGUUGGCAACGCCGGUCAAAGGCCACUGCACUACUAUGGCAACCUCUUGCUGCCCUCCAACGAGAAUGCCUUCACCCAGCAAGGCAGUACGAAUGUGGGCGGCGGUAGCUUGGCAGCGAAAUAUAUACCGAAUGUUGGUAUACGGUACACAGCGGUGGUGGCGCCUACUUACAACAGCAAUAACAACAAUAACAACUACAAUAACAACAAUCAAGCCAAUCGCAACAACGGUGGCGGCAAUUACUUCGACGUGAACAAUAAAUUGCAUGGCAAAUACUAUAAUGCCAAAACGAAAAAGUACAAGGCAUACGAGAAGGUCAAAUACGUGCCACAAAACUAUUAUCCACUUUCUGCAUUGGCACUACCCAUCGAAAAACCUUACACAAACGCAUUCAAUCAAGAGCAGUUCAUACGCACACAACAGUUGCCACAAAUUGCCGCACCAAACGCCUUUCGGCCAGCCGAAAAAGCAGCAAAUGAAACACAACCACACAGCGCGGCAUCAACACGACAAAAUACCGUUAGCGCCGCCGCAGCAACACCUAUAGCUGCCAACGCAGCUGCCACACAAGCCAAGUGGGCGCACGAGAAAGAUCAGUCGCUGUUAAAAGGCAAGUCCCUCCUCGAUUCCAGCAAAGCACAAGCGCCGUUACCAAUUACAUCAACAACAACAACCACGAAAAUAAACACAUCGGGAGGUCAACAGGUGAACGCCAUCUCGAGUGCGAAGAGCAGGUGAACGUGUAUAUAGCAACGUUACAGCAACACAAAUACAAAUUAAUUUGAGAAAAAAAAGUUUUCAAACGCAUUUACACCAACAAAAGCAAGAAUGUACAGCAAAUAUACAAAUCAUCAAGUACUUUAGCAUUUUAAUUUACUGUUAUAUAAUUGACAUUUUCACAAUUUUUGUUGCAUUUUGUAAACUCUGCCAACUGCCUGUCAUUGUGCGCUGCAUUUGAGGCGCCCAAUGAAGGUUAACUAAAUAUUAGCUUUUACCACAUGAUCAAUGCCACUUUUGGGGCUCACAAUUUUUU